GGCAGUGCUUGUAGACCAAUUUACCAAUCGCAAAUCAGCGAAACAGGGCGGUAUGGCCAUGACGUCAGGUGUAUUGAAAAAAAAAAACAAAAAAGAAAUCACCAGUGAGCUAGGAGACUGUACCGUCGGUGGAAUGGCUUGUCUUUCUCAACAGUCAGGAAUGUCAGCUGCCAACGACUGCGGAGAUCGGCUCAACCAGUUCAAAAACAAAGGGAAAGAUGCCAAUGAGCUAAGGCGCAGGAGAGCGGAAGUCAAUGUGGAGCUCCGUAAGGCAAAGAAAGACGAUCAGAUCCUCAAGAGGAGAAAUGUCCAGACCCUUAUAGAAGAGCCAACCUCUCCUCUCCAAGAGAAAGAUCCCAACACACAGCCUCCUCAGCACUGGUCUGUGGAGGAGAUUGUAGGAGGUGUAAACAGCCAGAAUCUAGAUCAUCAGCUACAGGCCACACAGGCAGCCAGGAGGCUCCUCUCCAGAGAAAAGCACCCACCUAAUGACACCAUUAUUGCUGCCGGCCUCAUCGAAAGGUUUGUUAGUUUUCUGGCAUUGUCCGAGUGCCCCCCCAUCCAGUUUGAGGCAGCUUGGGCCCUGACCAACAUCGCCUCAGGAACCUCAGUCCAGACCACUGCUGUAGUGGAAAGAGGGGCCAUCCCAGCCUUCAUCAACCUGGUCACAUCACCCCACCCGCACAUUAGCGAGCAGGCCAUUUGGGCCUUGGGCAACAUCGCAGGUGAUGGAUCCAACCACAGAGACCUAGUGAUCAAACAUGGUGGUCUCCAGCCACUCCUAGCUUUGCUGGCAGCUCCUGACCUGUCUGUAUUUCCUUCUGGCUACCUGCGUAACCUCACCUGGACACUGUCCAACCUGUGUCGGAACAAGAACCCAGCACCACCUUUAACCGCAGUACAGCAGCUACUUCCAGCCCUGGUGCGCCUCCUACACCACGACGAUAGGGAGGUUCUGGCUGACACCUGUUGGGCUGUGUCCUACCUGACUGAUGGCACCAAUGAGAGGAUAGGGGUGGUGGUGCAGGCUGGCCUGGUGCCCCGCCUUGUUCAGCUGCUAGCCUGUGGGGAGCUCUCUAUUGUGACUCCAGCCCUGCGGUCACUUGGCAACAUUGUGACUGGGACAGAUGAGCAGACCCAGUGUGUGCUGAAUGCAGGUGCCCUGGUGAUGUUCUCCAACCUGCUGCGACACCACAAGCCCAAUAUCCAGAAAGAGGCAGCCUGGACAGUGUCCAAUAUCACUGCUGGCAAGGACUCCCAGAUCCAGGAGGUUAUCAACGCAGGCCUGGUGCCCAUCCUUGUGGAGGUCCUCCAACAGGGAGACUACAAGACCCAGAAGGAGGCAGUGUGGGCUGUCACCAAUUAUACCAGUGGUGGAACUGUGACGCAAGUGGCUUACCUGGUCCAUUGCAAUGUGCUGCCACCUCUGCUAAACCUGUUGACAGCCAAAGACAGCAAAUUCAUCUUGGUCAUCCUGGAUGCAGUCUGCAAUAUUUUACAGAUGGCAUACAAGACUGGUGAUAUUGAGAAACUCUGUCUAAUGAUUGAGGAGUGUGGUGGUUUGGAAAAGAUUGAGGCUCUGCAGUCCCAUGACAACGAAGCUGUCUACAAGUCCUCUUUCAACAUCAUAGACAGAUUCUUCUCUGAAGAGAAUGGCGAUGAUAAGACUGUGCUUCCCGAUACCACUGCAGAGUGCUAUACCUUCCAGAUUCCUGAAGAUCAAAGCACUUUCCAGUUUUAAUAUGUCCAGCUUGCUCUUUGUAACAUGGAAAAAAAAGGCAUUUUUUACCUUGUUGAUAUUUUUGUAUUUUUGUAGACAUUUCAACCUUGUUCAUAACAGUACAAUGACAAAAUAUCCCUGUUUUAAAAGAAAUAUAUGUAAAUAAAUAGCAUUCAUGAAAACGUUUUGGCGUAGGGAGUG